AACGCAGUCACGUCAUCCACACUUACCCCCGCUCCUGACCAGUUUUGAAAACAUAUCGUCAAGUCGUUGGUCUGACACCAAGUGACUAUUAGCAUAAGAGACGGGUACAGCCUCGAUUAUUUCAUUGACAACCCAUCCCACUUGAUCACACCAGUAUUUCAAACAUGGCAACCAACAAAGCCCAGGACCUAUUCAAUGUCAACGGCCUCGUAGCUGUAGUUACAGGCGGCGGUAGUGGCCUCGGCCUCUACGCAGCCCGCGCCCUCGAUGCCAACGGUGCAAAAGCCGUCUACAUCGUCGGUCGACGCGAAGAAACUCUCAAAGAAGCCGCCAAAACAGCGGUCAACGGCACGAUAAAGCCCAUCGUCGGCGACGUCACCAGCAAAGAGUCCCUCACCAAAGUAGCCGACCAGGUCCGCAAGGAACAGGGCUUCAUCAAUCUGCUCUUCGCCAAUGCCGGCAUAGGUGGGCCACCGCACGCUUCCCUGGUGUCAAACCAGGCCAAUGGAAGCAAGCCUACUGUGCAGGACUUCCAGAAAGCUGUGUUUGAGCCGGACCCUGAUGAUUUUACCAAGACGGUGCACGUCAAUAACACUGCCGUCUUCUACACGGCUGUCGCGUUUCUGGAUCUACUGGAUGAAGGGAAUAAGCGCCGCAAUAUCCCGCAAGACUCGCAGAUCCUCGUCACGUCUUCUGUAGCGGGCUUCAGCCGUUACCUAGCCUCCAGCUUUGCUUACAGUACCUCGAAAGCGGCCGUCACGCACCUAGUGAAGAUGCUGUCGACGUACUUCGCGCAGAACGAGUUCCACAUACGGGCUAAUGUGAUUGCGCCGGGUUUGUAUCCGAGUGAGUUGACAGCGGGCCAGAUUGGGAAACUGGAGAAGUACAAGGGUGUGGAGGGACACCCGGGAGCGUUUGGGGGGGCGCAUUGGAUGGAGCCGGAUCGAUCACCUGCGGAGAGGACAGGGAGCGAAGAGGAUUUCGCUGGAACGGUGUUGUUCAUGGUCAGUCGGGCGGGGGCGUAUUUGAAUGGAGAGGCUAUGGUUACGGAUGGGGGCAGGUUGAGCCAGUUACCGGGUGUAUACUAGAUCGGAGAUGCAUAUGUUGACGUUAUAUAUUUUAAGAGCGCAGAUGUGGACCAUCUUGUUAGGAAUCGUUUUGCCCACUUCACUAUUAUACUAUGGCAAGGCGCCAUUUUAUCACAUGGGUUCAUUAUGCGUAUCUGAAAGUAUGUUCAUCAAUCAGGAAAUGCCAC